CAUACACAUAAUAUUUGGAAUGUCUUUUCCCCUUGUGUAUUCUAUCUUGUUUACAAAAUAUAUAUCUACAUGUGUUUGUUUAUUUUGAACUUGAUGUAGGGAGAUGACUUUAAAAAAGGAUGUGCAUACUGCCCAAUCUCAUUUCUUAAUUUGUGAAUAAAAUACUGUUUAAAUCAAAUAAAGGAAAUACAUCACAUUAUUUCAUAAAGGGGGAUAUUUCUUCUUACUGCACUACAAUUUACUUGAUUGUGUGGGGGAAUUUAGCCGUGACAUCUAGCCAAUGCAUUGACAAUAGGAUAAAUCCACGUUAGUCGUGUGAAUCCACAGACAUGCAAACCAAUAUAAUGUUCUAUUUUCCUUCAGUAGUAUUUUUAUAUUUGUUUUAAGAAUAUGAUAGACACAAAGAAGAUGAUUUAACAUGCACAAGGUCGAAUUUAACUCAAUUAGAAUGCCUUGUGAGCCCGUAGAUACAAAUCUACCGUGUAAGAUCAACUAACUCUUAAUAAACAAUUGUAGAGCGCAUUCAAAGGGGCGCCUCGACACACGAGAUGUUUAACAAAGUUAAUGGCUUUUAAAUACCUCGAAGGAUUCAUCUAGAAUAUAUUUCGUAUAUUCACAGUCACUAGCAUGGAUUUUAGAAGGUGUAAAUAAUGAAAAGCACUGUUCAUUAUAUUCCAGAAAAUAGACUUGAUGAUGACGAUGAUGAUGAUGAUGGUGAUGAUGAUGUUCAGCAAUAUAUAGUGCUUUUUAUAGAUAGUGUCCGUCAAAGACAAUGAAGACUCCUAAGAGAUUCCGAGUACGACGUCGCGUUUUGAAUUACAUACUCUGGGUCAUCUUCAUGUGUAUUUUGUUUGUCAAUUUACAAGUAAACGUCUUGUCGGGCCUGUCGACAACUCUGAGAAGAUUUGUAAAGGUUUUGGAGCGAUGCCCAUCCUUUCCUGACACAUUUGAAGAAAAUCGUCAAGUAGUUGGAAGUUAUUCAUUCAAUAUUUCCGAAACGUUCAGACAAAAACUGAAUCUUGAUGAAAAGGGGAUUAUGUCAAAUUUAAAUAACACACCGGAUACACAAAUCGUGUUUACUUCGGCUACAAGCUCCGUCAAUUUCCGAGAAAUUCAAGGUCUUAUCCAUAACUUUGAUCAAAAGGUUACUCCAAUGUUCUCCGAUUUAGAAUUUAUAAUAUUUGACAUAGGCUUGAAGAAAUCGGAAGCUCGGCUAAUAAAGAAACACUGCAACUGUCGGUUACAAAAAUUCCCAUUCAAAGAUUACCCGGAACACCUCAGGACUAUUCAAACAAAUGCAUGGAAGCCAUUGCUCAUCCAGUUAUUACUUAAGGAAUAUCACAUUGUUAUAUGGGUGGAUGCUUCUAUCCGUUUUCACGGAACACCUCUGGACAGGUUGAUUCAUAGAACGGUGGAACACGGAAUACAGGUUACAGAGGGUGGCGGAUCUAUUGCUGUACGAACACAUUCCGUAACCUUCAAAGCACUCGGGGAAACUCCUUGUAUGUUUGACAGACCCGAAUUACAAAGUGGUUUGAUUUCAAUGUACAGAAAUCCUUAUACUUUGAGAAACAUAAUGCUCCCAUGGGUUUCCUGUGCUUUGCAGUACAAUUGUAUGGAUUUCGAUUCCGCUUUAAAGACGGUCACGUGUUUAGAUGGACAUCAGUGGUCAUACAGUGCAUGUCACAGAUUUGAUCAAUCGGUGCUAGGAAUCAUUCUCACUAGACUGUUUUCAAGAGAUAUAGAUAGCAUUUUGUUUAACCUGAAUGAUUUUGCUUUUAACAAAAGAGCUACAGGGCCGUAUGGCAUAAUUUCUUAAAGUUAUGGUAAUAAAAUUUCAUUUGAAAACCA